ACACGGCGGGGAGCCGAGCUGGGAGAAGGAGCCCUGAGACACGCUGGGCUUGGGGACGUAUGGCAAGGAGGGGUUCGGGAGAUUAACCCCAAAACAGACGCGGUCGCUGUGGCAUUGAGUGGUGCGCGUGGUCAGGUGCAGAGCAGCUCUCCGUCCCCUGCGGUUUGCAGCCAUGCUUCACUCUCCGCUGAAAACAGCGUUGGCAUAUGAGUGCUUCCAAGACCAGGCCAGCUCCACGCUGGCCCUGCCCUCGGAUCACAAGCUGAAAACCAAGGGCACGGGAAAGCAGCGGGUCCAGGAGCAGGUGAUGAUGACGGUGAAGCGGCAGAAGCAGAAGUCGUCGGUGUCGUCGAGCGUGGGGCACUCCAACCGAGGUUCCAUGUACGACUGUGUAGCUGAUGGUUAUGGCUACGGGACGUCCCGGGGCAGUUAUUACACCAAAACCCAAAUGGGAAACAGCAGCUGGGGAUAUCCGCUGUACAACGGGACCCUGAAGCGGGAUGCGGAGAACCGGCGCUACAGCUCCUACAGCCAGAUGGAGGGCUGGGGCAGCAAGCACUACAGCAAGGCAGUCUGCAGCCCCAACAGGGCCGGCAGUGACUACUGCUUUGUGCAGAACAUCAAGAGCAGCCGGAGCGAGCCCGACCUCUACUGCGAACCACCGCGGGGCACACUGAGGAAGAGUCAGGUUGGGGGUCGGGCAGAGCACAAGGCGACCUUGAACCGCCAGAGCAUCUACAGCAGCUGCAGCACCCAGCAGGGAACUACCAGGACAAGUAAAAAAAUACCAGCACGGGCCCUCUCCUGCCCCUCCAGCAACAAGCCCGAUGUGGUCUAUGCCCAGCCCGUGAUGAGCUGCAAGCAGGAUGCGGUUUAUGGACAGGCUCAGUCUGGCUCCAAAAUAUGUGGUGACGAGAUAGAUGGUGGCACGAUGACCAUCCAGAAAGCCAUACAGCUCCUGUGCUCCUCUGAUGACAAAUACCAGGCCAUGGGGGCUUAUUACCUCCAGCACACCUGCUUCCAGGAUGAGUCUGCCAAGCAAGAGGUCUAUCGGCUGGGGGGGAUUGCCAAGCUCGUUGAGCUGCUCCGCAGCACAAACCAGAACGUACAGCGGGCGGCAGCCGGAGCCCUCCGGAAUUUGGUCUUCAGGAAUCCAACCAACAAGAUAGAAACCCGGCGGCAGAACGGGAUAAGGGAGUGUGUGAGCCUCCUGAGGAGGACGGGGAACACCGAAAUUCAGAAGCAGCUGACAGGUCUGCUCUGGAACCUCUCCUCCACUGAUGAAUUAAAGGAGGAGUUGAUACAGGAGGCCCUCCCCGUCUUGACAGACUGCGUUAUCAUCCCUUUCUCUGGCUGGUCUGAUGGUGGCUGCAACAGGACAAGGGAAAUCAUCGACCCCGAAGUAUUCUUCAAUGCUACAGGGUGCUUGAGAAACCUCAGUUCUGCAGACAUGGGACGUCAGACCAUGCGAAACUACCCUGGCUUGAUCGAUUCCGUCAUGACCUAUGCCCAGAACUGCGUGGCUUCUAACCGACCUGAUGACAAGUCUGUGGAGAACUGCAUCUGCAUCCUGCACAACCUCUCCUACCGCCUGGAUGCUGAGGUUCCCAACAAAUACACCCAACUCAACCACAUGGCCCGGAGCGUUUACAUGGACAAAACUCUCACAGGCUGCUUCAACAGCAGGAGUGGCAAAAUGGAGAAUGAUGAGUAUGGCGUCCCUCUCCCUGAGGAGGAUUUUAAGCCCAAGGGACCCAGCUGGCUGUACCACUCGGAUGCCAUCCGCACCUACCUGUCCCUGAUGGAUCACAGCAAGAAGGAUGCCACCCUGGAGGCUUGUGCUGGGGCCCUGCAGAACCUCACUGCGAGCCGAGGGCUGAUGUCCAAUGCCAUGAGCCAACUGAUUGGGGUGAAGGAAAAAGGUUUGCCUCGCAUUGCACGGCUCCUGCAGUCCAACAGCUCCGAAGUUGUCCGGUCCGGUGCUUCUUUGCUGAGCAACAUGUCCCGACAUCCUAUCCUGCACAAAACCAUGGCUCACCAGGUGCUCCCAGAUGUAUCACGUCUCCUGUCAUUCCAGUCUGGAAAUACCAACAGCUAUGGCGAGAUCAUGACAUCAGCUUGUUACACUCUGAGGAACCUCAUCAUGUCCAACCCACACCUGGGGAAGUGUUACUUGACAAGCAACAUGCUCAAUAAUGUAGUGAGCCUGUGCCGAAAUGGCUCCUGUCCAAAAGCAGCCGAAGCUGCUCGCCUCCUCCUGACAGACCUUUGGUCGAACAGGGAGCUCCAGAGUGUGCUCAAGCAGCAAGGAUUUGAUAAGAACAUGAUGGGAUCUUUAGCUGGGACGACCUUCAGGACUCUUCCCUCCAGAUUUUAGGAGCCUCUCCACGCACAUUUGGGCUGCAGAGUUUGGAACUGGUUCAUCUCCAGGAACACAACCCGUUCACAGUUACUUAGGAUGUUAAAGAUGUAGAGUGUUCGUGAGUUAAACUCAACUGUAAAGCAAGCCAAACAUAUGGAUUUCAUGUGGAUCAUACUGAUAUUUUUAAGCAUUUUCUUCUUUUUAGGGGAGGGGGGAGAAGGGACUUUUAUCGAGGUUAUAUUUUCCUGAUGUCAAUAUUUUUAUUAUGUUUUUUUUUUUGCAAAGAGUGUGUCUGUGUAACCGUGCCCGCAUUGCUGUGUGUGCGCGGCCAGCGCACAGCUGGCGGGUAGGGCUGAGGCCCCACCACAACUCGGUGUCAGCUGUGCAGCUUCAGCCGACAGAUCCCACCCGAUCCACGCAACAAAUGCUGCCACGCCAAAUUCCUGUCACAACCUAUUUUCACCCACAAGUGCCAAAGUUGCCAGUUUGAUGUUGUCCCCACGUUGCAUAUGGCUGUUAUCAACAGAUACACACGAUGCUCUUCUUUACCAAGGCUGCUUCUUCCUAACAUUUAUGAACAUGGGCUUCUUUCCUGCUUCUGAUUCUUUUUCUCCUAUGAGCUCUCAUAGUUAUUAGUAUCUCCUUUCCUGUCACCUGAACUCUUUAUCUCCAGAAGCAAAUGGUUGGCUGCUGAUUCCCCCCUGGCACUCAGCAACUGCUCUCUGAAGCUGUAUGGACAGUGCUAACACAGAGCGUGGUCUUACCAGGUGCCAAAUCAGUCACCGGGCACUGAAACAAUGCAAUCAUGGGACGGUGCGUGGAGAAAUUUGGCCUUUGGGAAGCUGGAGCCAGGAGGAGGAGCUGGCUUUGCCCAGCAUCACUGAGUGCCAAGAGAGAGGGACGUGGCCUUUGUCAUCACGCUUUGUUUGUGCCAAGCAACGUAAAGAAAUAGCGAAGAUGGAAUAGCAUGUGAGAAAUGUGAGCUCGGAGCUGCAGGGGGAGGAUCAGCAGAGGAUGCGUUGUGGGGGCACAGAGGUGUGCAGAUGUGGAGGUGUUUGGGAAGGGUGGGUUACUGAGAUGGGUCUGGGCAGGGAGAAGCAGUCUCAUGUUUGCAGGGUUCAGCUCCUCGCUUGGUGACAGCUGGCACGUCCCAUUGACCUGGCAGGCCUGACCCCAGCUCUGCUCUGGGUAGCAUCAUCCCUGCUCAGAGCGCAUGGAGCAGAGCGAGAGGGGUGCCGGCCGCUUUUCUCUUGGUCUACAAAGGGUGGCUCAGCCUUGUGCACUUUAAUGAGCAGCAGCUAUUUGCUUGCAUUCACCCACAUUCAGUCGAGAGCUUUCUGUGCGCAGCUCCCAGCCAAAUGAAAGAGCAAAAAGCACCUUUGAAGUGGAGAGCUGGAACCAGGCGAAUCCGGUAGGGCAGUUUCAGGAGCAUUUAAACAGCAGCGGAGGAGCCCAGGCCUGUGGGCAUGCCCUCACCACGGCUGCCAGCUGUUGCAUAGCCUCAUACGUCCUCAUUUCAUGGUUCAGAAUGUUUUUGGCAGGACUCAAGUCUAUGGGCAUCCAGAAAGGCUGCAGUGUCCGCAGGAAGGGCUGUUGCAGUUUUGCUUUAGAAUUACGUUGCGUGCAGUUUUGCAUUCAGAUUAGUUCCUGUAAUUACACAGUAGGCAGAAGUCCUGGGAGCUAACGUUUUUCCCUGUGAAAUUAAUUGGGAAAGCUAACUGCAAAAUGUAAUGAUGGAAUAUGGAGGAAAUUCAUUCUAAUUGGCUGUUGUUUGAGCUUUAUUUUAAGACAGCGCCGCUGCUUUCACCCGUAAUGCAAUUCACAGCAGUGCUGUGUUGGGCACCAGGAGCUGCAGUCAUCAUCCCACUAUUAAGUUUACAAGUAUUGCAGGUUUUGUUACAAAGCACUGAGCUCAGAGGUUGGAUGCAUCAUUCCCAUCAGUGUUAGUGAUGUACAGCAAAGCCGACCAGGCGACACAAAUAAAACCUGUCUCCAUCCUUGGAGAUCUCAUAUGGAAUCAUGGAAUUAUUGCAGCUGAAAGGGCCUUUGAAGGUCUUCUGGUCCAACUCUCCUGCAGCGAAGUUGAUCUUCAGCUGUUGGCUGUGCACAGCCCUGGAUGCUUUCCCUGCCCUGAGCUGGGAGCUCCCUCCAGCCUCAAUUUCCCUACAAUGCUGCAGGUUGCUGCUCUCAUACCUCAGAAUACAGCUAAUGUAGGAGAGCCGGGCUGAGCUGCCGCCCCGCUGACACCCCUGGGCUCUUUGCAACUCUUUUUUCCCCCCAAGGAAACUCUCUGAUACUCCUCUCUAUUUCCCUCUCAGUCUCUCUGUGUUAAAUCUGGACUACAGACUCUACCCACGUAGGUGAAGUGACGCUGAUGUCUGGCAGUGUAAGGAAAACCUCUGGUGUUGCUCAUACCCAGCAGUCUGGGGACCUUCUUUUCCAAACCACACUUCUCCCGGGGGCAGAGCUCAGCACCGGGAUGCUGCUCUCACCUUUUUCCACUGGUGUUCUUCCUUCCAGGGAGGCACUGCUUCAUAGAGGCAUGUCUUCAGCUGCAACGUGCUCCUUGCUGAGCUGUUCUCCUGUUUUUCCCCUGUGUAAAAGGCAAGGCAGGGCGGAUCUGCAGGGCUACAGCUGGGGCAGGUCUGCAGGACGUGGGUUGGAGUGAUGGAGAACUACUGAGGAGGGAAGGACCACAGCGAGCAGCACCCUGAUCUCUGCCAGCAGCAGAAUAAGAGCAAUUGGGGCUUGAUUUGUGCGCAGGACACACAGCCAUGUAAAUAAAUACCACACUUGUUUGUCCUGGGCUUAGCAGAGCUUUUUGGCCUGUUUCCUCUUAAAUGCUUUGUUUGUUUCAUGUAUGUACAAUCCAACCCACCCCAGCAUUUCAGAAGCCUCAUGGACUGCGUGGAAGGCAGAAGGCAGUUUUAUUCCUCUCUGACCACACAGCAGUUUGAGACCACCCGAGCCUGCCAGUCCAUAGCUAUACAGUGUAUUCUGUAAGAUAUAGGUAUGUGAGAAUAAUGUAUCAGAGUUGUGUUUUGGCUGUACUGUAUGUAUUUGCUUCAUUGGAAAAGCUGAAAUCAAUAAAAAUUGCUGGAAUUUCUUCAA